AUGUUGGAGCAACUUGCACAUCGAGAUGAAGUUCCUUGGAGUCUAAAGCACACAAUCCUUGUUGAUAUGGGCGGAAUCGCUCUUCGCUUCCUCCCACCAAAGGAUGGUGAUACUCCAACAUCAGACCAGGAUACGCAGAAAAUAUUACCCGAAGGUGGCGAAAUACCUGAGUUUAUUAAGGAUUUUUGUAGGAGACAGGAUCGACUUCUGAAGAGGUGUGGAAGAAUUCCGUGGGAUUUGUGGGAGUGCCAUGUUGAGCAUGCUUUCGAGAUGGAAAAUCGCAAAAAUGGAGAGUCAUCACAGCAAGAAUCACAGCAAGAACCACAGCAAGGAUUGCAGGCAGAGCCGCAGGCGGAACCACAGGCGGAAUCACCUGUGGAAUCAACUUUGAGUGAAGCCGAUGUCGCAGCAUUAGCUGGAAAUAUCUGGAUACUAGAUUCGAAACAGCUUGCGAUCGCACGAAAUAGGAAUAUCAUUACGAAAAUGCCACAUAUUACGGAAGAGGCGAUCGACGAUAAAAGCAAAUCAGACGGCCUGGUGAAAAUUAUUGCUGUACUCCAGGUACUCUGGCUUGUCGUCCAACUGGUAGUUCGAACCAUUGAUAAUCUACAUUUCACUCAGCUGGAAAUCACCACAGUCGCCUUUGCUGCAACCGCAGUCAUUAUAUACAGUAUUGACUUCAUUAAACCCAAAGAUGUCAACGUGCCUUUCUACAUAGAUAUAAGAAAGGUUGUCAAGUACGACGACUUCGUUGCUAUUGCCAAAGCAGCUCCAUUUGCAUAUAUUCAGGGCAAGCGAUAUUAUAUGCCAACUUCUACUUUGCACGAUUUGAUUGACUAUGAGGAUCCGGAUAUGAGUCUAGAGAGUGAAGAUACAGACGCCAGAGAUACAAACACCAGAGUUACAGACGCCAGAGAUACAAACACCAGAGAUACAAACACCAGAAAUACAGACACUAGAGAUUUAGGUAACGUCGAUCCAGAGACCACAAAUCCAGGGAAUACCGACCCAGAAGGCAGCAGCCAAGAAAGCAGUCGUCUACCGAACGGCAGCCAAAGGGAAACUCGUCAAGGGGGAAAUGGGGAGGAAGAAAAAGGUGAAAAGGACGACUACAGAUGCUACAAGGAUCUAAAGAACAAAAAGUUGACAUGUCAGUUCUGCUUCCAAUGGAGAAAUUUCAUACGGAAGAAGCGAUCUAAGAAGAGUGGAUGUUCUUGGCGCAAGCUUUACACACUUUCCCCGAAAUCAGCCGAUAUUUUCUCGUUACUCAUUGGAUUCGCGUCAGCUACUUCUUUUGGAGGCGUCCACCUCUUUGCAUGGAAUUCCGACUUUCCCACAGACGUUGAGAGACUCUUGUGGAGAAUCUCAGCUCUAAUGACUAUCGUCCUGCCUUACAUUUACAUUGCUACCCAUAUACCUCAUGUCGGAGACACAGUAGCAGACAUCCGAAAGCAAAAGAAAACGGUGAUGAACAUUGUUCUCGGGUGUAUUGCAAUAUGCUAUAUCCCUUGCCGGCUUUUUCUUGUCACUGAAAGCUUCAGGGCGCUGUACUUUCUUCCUUCUGAAGCCUUCAAGGCAACACCAGCGGUAAUGAGCAUUCCGCACUUGGGAUAA